GUUGUGAUACAGUUGUUUCAUUCCUCUCCACUCCGCUGUGGGUAUCGCUGUUCCUCUCAUCCUUCAUCUUUUCUCUUACGUGUCCUCCUGGGUUUUACCCCUCUUUGCCACUUGGCAACCCGGAUUCCUUGACUUUUUCCUCUUAAAAACCUAUCCAGAAGAUGGCAGAUACCGAUGUUGAUACCACCACCACUGAGGUCCCAGUCGCCAAGGAUCUGAAAGAAAAGAAGGAAGUUGUGGAGGAGCCCGAGAAGGCUGAGAACGGCAGCGGGGACACCAAAUCUAACGGAACUGAGGAAAACGGUGCUGACCACAGCGAGGAGAACACAGAGGACCCCGAGGAUGAGGAUGAAGGAGAAGGUGAGGGAGAAGAAGAAGAGGAGGAGGGUGAAGGUGAAACAGAGGAGAGCGAAGCCGAUGGCCAUCCUGUAAAACGCCCAGUAGAGGACGAGGAGGAAUCUGAAUCUAAAACCGAAACUAAAAAACAGAAGACAGAAAACGGAGACUCCACAGAAGCGAAAGAAACCGCCUAAUCCCCCCCCACCCCCCUUUUUUUUCUUCCUUCCAGACAUUUUAUAGCUUAAGUGACACGGUUGACUUAAAAUUGUAGAGAACGUGCUUUAUAUCUGUACAUUUUACAGAACAACUUUUUAUAUACUGUAAAACCCACAUGCACUAGAGACCUGUAACAUCACGGCAAGAUAGCUAAGGUUUUUUGUAAAAUGUUAUUUAUUGGUGCUUGUUUGUACUGGUUUGACUGCUACAAUAAUAAUAAUAAAAAAAAAAAAGAUCUUAACGUUUUGGUUUUAAGUGGUAAUAAAGCUUCGCUAACGUCCAUCCCCCCCGAAUCGCAUGUCUUCCGGCCAUGUGUAUUCCCGAGCGAAGCUGCCUUCCUGUAAUAUAAUGGUGUUAGGAUAGUAAGGUUCAUAUGCAAUGAAGGCCAAAGACGUGGCUCUUAUUUAGCCAGGGGGUACCGUAACCUGGGGCAUUCUGUAUAGAUCUUUCGACUCGGAUUUGUUGCUGUUCAGUAUAUAGUUGUGGUGCGGGCAAAAGGUUUGGAAAUCGCGUAAAGGUUCAGUAUGUACAUUUCUCUGUAUCCUUACUGUGCUAUCAAAGUGUGUUUCGCAGAAGUUCUUGAGGCAUGUGAUAGUCUUCAUACCAUUAAUGACUAGGUUAUAAAAUCUAUACCUCAUUAGUUGAUGCUUGAGCACUACUUUGUAUAUUCAGGUUCAGUCCUAUAAAUAAAUCUUUUAUAAAAAGAAA